CUCAGAACGUUAAGUGCUCCCGAGUCCUUUGUCAACGUUUCAAAGGUUCCAUUUGCCUCCUACUCCUGCCAACUCAACUGCACAACAGCAGUUUCAAUAAACUGCAGGUUACGGCAACGACAUCGUUUUCUUCAAGAUGGCCGAUCAACCCCAGAUAAAGCCCGACCCUGAUGCGGGCUCUCCUUUCAUGGACGAAGCGCUUGACGAAACGCCCGACCUCGAUUUCUACGACAAAUUGCCCGAAGCGGAUAAGUACAGUAAAAUGUAUUUGGCCCGCCUUCCGACUUAUGUGUGGCAAGCCUGGUCCAAGCUGGAUGACGAUGCCGAGAUUGAGAUUGGGAAGAUCCGUCAGUCGACUGACAAGGAUGGGAAACUGAAAUUGCAAAUGCUCCUUAGAUCAGAUCUCGCGGCACACCAAGGAUUACCAAAGGAGUAUAACAUGGACAUUGUAAACUAUGAUGUCCAUAAUACCUUCAUCUUUACCGAGCAGGAUCUACCCAGUUUCGCGGCAAAGAACAAGGAGAAGGCCAAUGCUCUCGCCCAAGGCAUACCUGCCCACCUCUUGCGCAAGCAAUACAACAAAACUGAGCAGGCCCCCGAUACGGCGAGGAAGGGCGCCCCUUACGGGCGCCGGCCAAUUCCAAAGAAAACAAAGAUUGCAGGCAGGAUCAAGCAUGAGGUGAUGUGUACCCCCGUGCAGAAUGCCGAGUCGGAUCUCUUCCUGUGGGCUCGCACAAGGAAAUCGCAAGAUCCCGAGAGGACGGUCCAGAUCUUCGAGCGUUUGCCGGCUCAGGGCGUCAGUGAUGCGAAAGAAUGGGAUAACUUCCUUAAAACCAAGGAAAAGCCCAUCAAGUCGAAGAAGCUGGAAAACAAGGCAACCCGUUGGCCAGAGAACAAGCUCCUGGACGAAAUCGCGAAGUGCUUCUCGCAGCACAAGUACUGGUCUAUCAAGGCGUUCCGCGGCAGCAUUCCGCAGCCCGAGGCAUAUCUCCGGGAAACCCUGGACAAAAUCGCCGUGCUUCACCGGACUGGCACCUUUGCCAACCAUUGGUCACUCAAGCCUGAAUAUCAGAGCAUGGUGGCCUCACUUCCCAAGCCUGCAGAUGACGCGGCGGUUACAAAGGCCGAGCUUCCCUCAGACGACGAGGAUGAAGAGGAUAUCAAAAUGGAAGAUGUCCUUUAGCGGCCGGGUUUAGCGCUUUCUCCUAGAGGACAGGGUUGGGUUUGAUACGACGUUAUGGCAGAUGACAUUACAGGGAGGGUUUCUGGGAAAGUAUAGGUCAUAGAUACCCUUUGCAUAAGAAAACCAGACAGCAUCUAAUGCGAGAUCUGUUGCUGAAUAAAGUACGAUUCAGGGUGAGGCUAUUUCUGACAGCCCUGAAGUUGGUGUGAUCUGCCUGCUCCUUUCCCGCCCUACGACUGGCAAUGGUAAAAU